AUGAAGCGCGGAGCUACUCGAUUUCAUUUGCAGCGAGAGCUGGCCUCGGAACCCUUCGAGACUUCGCGUGAAAUUGCGAGCGUUCCGGCACUGCUCCUUGAAACCGAUGGGAAGUACAUUUCCAUCAGAGUAAGACCAACAUGGUGGGACGCCCUCUCCAGCCGAGGUCGGAAGCGCCCUAAUGCCGACCGUGUCCGGCGCCCCAUGAACGCCUUCAUGGUGUGGGCUCGCAUCAACCGACCACUACUGGCAAAGAGCUUCCGGGGCAACAACAAUGCCGACAUCAGCAUCCGGUUAGGUCAAGCUUGGAACGCUCUGACGCAUGUGCAGAAGGACCCUUUCUACAGAGAAGCCGAGGAGCUGAAGAAACAACACAGGGAGGAACAUCCGGGUUGGGUUUAUAGUCCUCGACCGCCAAAACAGAAAAACACAGGUUUCAGCAUCGUACCCAGUGGUGACCACGCCAAUAGUUUGCCCAACUGUAAACUCAAUCCGAAUUCAACCUCGUACUUCACGUUUUCGUCGAACCCCCGUUACGUCAUAUCACAGCAUGGACCCUUCGGUAUCCAACCACCAAUGACGCACCGUGAUAAUGCAGCAGGCGCUCAAUCGCAGAGGCCGGGUACCAGCGGUGUAAGUGUGAAUUCACAACACGCACCUCCCCAGGCUCAGCAAUACGUGAUAGAACCCGUGGGGCCACCUCGCCGACCAGAUUCAGCACAAAUACUACGUCAUGCAGCAGCCGCAGGUCCAACAGCAGUCGGACAGCCUGCCAUCCAGCCUGUACAAAUCCUCAUGAAAAAUCCCUCCUCUCAAAUUCCACAAAAUAAAAUGGUCUACCAGCAGGCAAACGGGGGCGCUGUCUUGCAUCUCGUCAACGAAGGCCGUGCACAAACAGCAGUGAAUUUAACACCAAACCAGAACGCAGUCAACAUCCUUAAAGGCAUGCAGGCAGCUCAUGUUGCUGACUUCGGAUAUGGGGCGCCACCACAGGCAGAAUCAGUCCAUGCAACGUUCGGUUCAUCCACGGGCGAGGAACGCAAGAAUGGGAACUCGUCCAGCCCCGGCUCCAACUCGACGGCUUCGUCAUCACGUCAUCCGCGUCGGUGCGACGUGGACUUGGAUGACGACGAGCGAUCUCUGAAUCUCCACAUCCCUGAUGGCGGCGUUGAUGCGGCGGCGAGCGAGCUUCGUACGGUUGUCGCUCCCGACGUUCAGCUAUUCCAACGAUUCCUCUCGGAUCUGUCUGGAACCGAUCAGCAGACGAGAAGCGGUGAAUGGUCGGAGACUGUGCAACCGGAGAAGUCCGAAGAAAAGGGUAAUGACAUCGCCGCUGAUGACGAUGACUCUAUUAUAAAUGUAGUGACCUAA